AUGAAUAAAGUUAAGCAUAUUCAAUCUCUAAACGAGAAGGAAUUGCAGCUUAAUCUAUCAGACGCAAGUUGGCAUGAUCAGUAUAAGCAUUCUGCAUACGUCUAUAUAGGUGGUCUCGUUACUGGAUUAACAGAAGGAGAUGUAAUUACGAUAUUAUCACAAUUCGGUGAAAUCGCAGAUAUCAAUAUGCCAAAGGAUAAGGCUACAGGCAAAUCGCGAGGAUUUGCUUUUGUUAUGUAUGAAGAUCAACGGAGUACAGUACUUGCGGUAGAUAACCUCAAUGGAUCGACUGUAUUGGGUCGUACACUCAGGGUUGAUCAUGUUGAUAAGUACUCUCAACCGAAAGUCAAGAACGAGGAAGGUGAAAUGGUUGAAGUUGACAAUGAACAAUUAAACGCUCGGUGGACGGAAGAAAGUGAUAAAAAUCGACAAUAUUUGACGUAUAUCUCUCAAGAUAAGGACAGAAGUGAGAGUGAGAGCGAAGAUAUCGAGGAAAGUGAAGACCCAAUGGCAGCUUACAUUCGUGAGCAACAAAAGAAAGCAUCUAAACCGACAACUUCUGAAAAAGAAGAGCGCAAAGCACGUAAAGCUGAAAGAGCAAUGAAGCGAGCAGCUAAAGAAGCCAAAGAGAGUAGCAAACGACGUAGGAAUGAUUAAAGUCUUCCUAGGAACUUGUAAUAAUAAAAUAUAUCUAUGCAAAAUUAUCUUCUUAACAUCGCUUGAACAAGGUUAGCUCUAUUGAUAGCACCAGCUUUGUGUAUUUCCUCUUUGCGCUUAAGUACAUCACUUUGUUGUUCAAGUAUAGCUAGAACCUCUCUAGCUAACCUCUGAUGGAGGAACUUCUCAUUACGUUUGUCAGAUGCUUUAAUGAGAGCUUGAAAAGCUAAUCUAAUUCUUUGCCUCUCUGUGAGUGCUAAUGGAGUGUGUAAAACUUUGUUAUUCUUUUUGCUGCUUGAUAAACGGAAAGAAGGUGCGGCCAUAGUGAUAGCGUUACGGACUAGCGAUACGGGCUCGGUAGUAUUAGCUGUUAAUGUUUUGAUCUCUGUUAAUGUUUUUUUCAAAUGACUCUGAGCUCUAGCCUUCUUCCCAUCCUUCAUAAUGAGAUUUGUGAGGUAUCCCAAGAGAGGAUCGCUCGAUGGUGGAAUAGCGGAUGGAUUAUGAGAGUAACCAUUUCUUGUUAUUUGUUCAAAGUGCGAUUCCUGAGAUAUUCUCGCCGUCGUAUUUAAAAAUCUCUUAAACAUUCAAAUCGCUAGUAAAUUGUCUGAAGCU